GCCGGUUUCCGGUGUCCCGGCGGCCCCCGCGGCCGCUGAAGGUGAGCGGGCGUCAUGGCGUUCUCGGCGCCGGGGGCCUACCUGACCCACCAGCAGAAAGUGCUGCGGCUGUAUAAGCGCGCCCUGCGUCACCUCGAGUCGUGGUGCAUCCACAGGGACAAGUACCGGUACUUUGCUUGCCUGUUGAGAGCCCGGUUUGAUGAACAUAAGGAUGAAAAGGAUAUGAUGAAGGCCACCCGGCUGCUGAGGGAGGCAGAGGAAGAGUUCUGGUGCAAUCAGCACCCGCAGCCGUACAUCUUCCCCGACUCCCCUGGGGGGACCUCCUAUGAGAGAUACGAGUGCUACAAGGUUCCGGAAUGGUGCUUAGAUCACUGGCAUCCUUCUGAGAAGGCCAUGUAUCCUGACUACUUUGCCAAGAGAGAGCAGUGGAAGAAACUGCGGAGGGAAAGCUGGGAACGAGAGGUUAAGCAGCUGCAGGAGGAAACCCCACCCGGCGGUCCUAAGACUGAAGCUUUGCCCCCUGCCCGGAAGGAAGGCGAUUUGCCUCCACUGUGGUGGCAUAUUGUGACCAGGCCCCGGGAGCGGCCCACGUAGGAGAGAGACAGACACUUCACUGUUGAUGCUUGCAAGUGAGAUCAGUCACAGGACGUACACACACUUGCCCUAAUAAAAAUAACUCAGUAUGAUCUGGA